UUUGACAAAAUUGGAAAACAAUAGGAGAGGGGAAAAAAAAAACAGAAAACCUGAAAAGUUUUUCCUUAUUGACGUUCUCUAACCUCAUUGCUCCGAAACCCUCGUUGGUCCUCAUCUCCCAUAUAUCUCUGGUCUCCUGAUCUCUUCUCCUCUCCGGCAUUAUCUUUCUUAAUUAGCUCUUAAAUGAUUCCAUCUCCAUUUUUAGUUUAUUCCUUCACCAAAAAAAAAAAAAAAACCUUCAACUCUCUCCUUCCUCUCCGAUGUUCAUGAUCUUCAUUAACUUUUUUUUGGGUGAUUUGAUCUUCAUUAACUUCAUUAGCUAGGUUCUCCACGUUCCUCGUAGAUCCGCUAUAUCGCUCGCCAGCUCAUGUUGUCGCUCCCCUCGAUAUUCCUGAGGCAUUGAGGAUGGGCUGCAGCGUAUCAAAGUUCAACAAGGAUGAGAUGGGCCACACGUACCUCUACUACAAUCCUCUCCACCGUCGGUUUGAUGACCUCAACCCUUGGCGCAACAAGGCCGAUCGAGCCACCGCUGCCGACCCUGCCUCAAUCAAGCAGCUGCUUGCGGAUGAUGACUCCGUCACUGGCGGCGGAAGCAAUGACCAGGGCCGCAAGAGUAGUGUCUCCGCCUGUGUCCCCUCAGCAGAUAAGGCCACUGGGGUUCCCCCUCUCAUGGAUGAAUGCAUUGUGAAGCUGCCUCCCACGCCGCAGCAGAUGAUGAAGGCCGAGGGAGCGAAAGGGGAAAGCACCAGUGGAGAAGUCACCCAUGGGACAGCAGAGAAGAAAAAUGUUGGUGGUAGCAGUGAUGGUACAGGAAGGGAGGAGGUCGUGACACCGAGGGAGGAGGAGGUUGCGAGUCUUGCGACACCGAAGGAGGAGGAGGAGGAGGAGCCUAGGGAGAAGGAGGCCCAGGACAGCGGCAAGGAUAGGAGCGAUGAGCCCACCAAUAAUAACAACGAGGAGGAGAAUAAGGGGGAGGAUCAGGAUGAUGAUAACUUAGGGUUACGUGAUAGGGAGGACAGUAUCUUCUACCCGGGAUCGCCUAGCUUUAGGGAGUAUUGUUUUUCAUCUGACGAUACUUCGGCUGGUGCCAAUAGCCGCGAGCACAUAGAUGUUCCCGAUAAUCUCAUCGAAGAUGAUGAUCAUGGAGAGUCCAAUGGUAUAGACCAGAUGAAGGAUAGCGCCACCAUCAAAUCGAAAAAAGAGGACAACAAUGACUCUGCUGUCAUCGAUGAUCCUGUCAAGAAACCCCAUGAGCCUGCAGGAACCCAACCGGGGAAGAAGAGCAGGAGGGCAAGGGCGAAGCGGUUCUUGGUCGGGCUGCCACGGACCAGCUCCGGGGGGGUGAGAAAUCUAUGGAGCGUUUCUUCUUGCAGCCCUCACAGAACUGCAGGAAAAGCCUCCUGAUACAUACAUAUACAACUCAUAUAUAUGCACUUUGUAAUUUCUAAUCACUGCCUGCGACAAUUUGGAGGCCAUAACUGCAGGCCAUCUGUGAUAACAUCCUUUUAUAUAUUCAUUUGACAGAUCUUUUAGAAAGAGAAUCUGCGCAAGUACGUAUCGGAAGCCAAUCUCAGUACUUGUUUUAUUUCGAUGCAUAUGUAUAUAUACAUGUGUACAUAGGAUGUUUCAAAGUAACUGUGUAACUUCUGCAAAUUAUUAUAAAACUAACGAGCGUGUUUGGGCUUCUUAUGUCUCAUGUGAAAUCAACGCGGCAUUGUACGUGUAUUCUCACAUGAAAUCAAAUUAUAGAGCGAUGUCCAAAAGUCAUGACUAAUAACAGCAGUGCAUACCAGA